AUGGGUGUUAUACCGGAGAAAUGUGGUGAUCCCGAUCCAUGCUUAGUUUCUUGCACUAUAGAUGAUGUUGAGUUUACGGAUUGUAUGUGUGAUCUUGGUGCUUGUGUGAGCAUUAUACCUUUGUCUGUUUAUAAGGAGUUGGACCUUCCGCCAUUAAAAACGUCGGCGGCUUGUUUUGUUUUAGCCGACAAAAGCAUUAUUUCUGUAGCCGGUAUUGUUGAGGAUGUCUAUGUGAGCAUCAAGGGAUUAACCUUCCCGAUUGAUUUCUACAUCCUUGAGAUGCCUCCUAAUGACUCUGGAAAACCGUCAUCCAUUUUAUUAGGGAGGCAUUUCUUGAAGACUUCUAGGUUUAAGCUUGAUGCAUUUUCGAGCACUUACUCUUUUGAGAUUGAUGGUAGAACCGUGAGCUUCAAUUUGGAUGAGACUAUGAAGCAUCCACCAGUGGACCGCUCUAUCUUCUGGUGCAAUUUGAUUGAUAAAGUUGUAGUUGAGAUCCACCAUGAGACUUCUAAUGAGAUGAGUAUGAGUAAGGGUCUAAGUGUGGGAAAGGAUUGUGACUAUGAUGUGGACUUCUCACCACCUCCAUUAUUGCAAGAAGACUCUAAUGAGGAGUGGCAACCUUUCUCUCUUCAAUUGAAGUGUGCUUUCUAG